CAGGUCACCGAUUGCCCUCGUUGCCAGGCUUUGGCCUCAGCUGGGCGAGAUCCCCGAGCCUGCGGGGCUGAGCGCGGGGCUGUGUGGCCCCGGGUUCGCGCGAGCCGGACAGAGGCCCAGAUCCGGCUCCUCGGGAACAGAACGGCCUUGGUGAAGUGGAAAGGAGGCGACCUCGGGAGCAGAAGCGCGCCCGACCUGUCGGGAACCGUGGGGCAGAGGCCGCGGAGUCGCAGGAGGGGUCCACCAUCAACAGUCUCUACACGUUUCUAAAUGCAGCAGAAAAUGAACAAAUUGCAGGGGCCUGUGUCAUUCAAGGAUGUGGCUGUGGACUUCACCCAGGAGGAGUGGCAGCAGCUGGAUCCCGAAGAGAAGAUAACAUACAGGGAUGUGAUGCUGGAGAACUACAGCAAUCUAGUUUCUGUGGGGUAUGAUAUUACCAAACCAAAUGUGAUCAUUAAGUUGGAGCAGGGGGAAGAGCCAUGGAUAAUAGAAGGUGAAUUCUCAUGUCAGACUCAUCCAGAAGAAGUCUGGAAAGUUGACCUGAUAGAGAGAAUCCAAGAAAAUGAAGACAAACAUUCAAGGCAAUCUGUUUAUAUCAGUAGCAAAACCCUGACUGAAGAGAGAGAGAAUACUUUUGAUAAAACUUAUAUGGAAACAAGCCUUGUUCCUUCAAGCAUAAUAGCUCAUAAUUGUGUCUCAUGUGGAAAGAAUUUAGAAUCCACUUCAGAAUUAAUUAGUAGUGAUGGAAGCUAUGCCACAAAAAAGCCUGAUGAGUGUAAUGAAUGUGGGAAAACAUAUCAUGGAGAGAAACCCUAUGAAUUUAAUCAAAAUGUGGACACCUAUUCUCAAAAUGAAGAAGGUGUUCUCCAGAAAAUUAAUAUUUUGGAGAAACCCUUUGAAUACAAUGAAUGCAUGGAAGCCUUAGAUAGUGAAGCUGUUUUCAUUACUCACAAGAGAGCUUACAUGGGGGACAAACCCUAUCAGUGGAAUGAUUCUGGACCAGACUUCAUACAGAUGUCAAAUUUUAACACGUACCAGAGAUCACAAAUGGAAAUGAAGCCCUUUGAAUGCAAUGAAUGUGGAAAAUCCUUCUGUAAAAAGUCAAAAUUUAUUAUACAUCAGAGGGCUCACACAGGAGAGAAACCUUAUGAAUGUAACAUAUGUGGGAAAUCCUUUAGUCAAAAGGGAACCCUCACUGUACAUCGGAGAUCACACUUAGAGGAGAAGCCCUAUAAAUGUAAUGAAUGUGGGAAAACCUUUUGCCAGAAGUUACACCUCACUCAGCAUCUGAGAACUCAUUCAGGAGAGAAACCCUAUGAAUGUAAUGAAUGUGGAAAAACCUUCUGCCAAAAGACACACCUCACCCUCCACCAGAGAAAUCAUUCAGGAGAGAGGCCCUAUCCAUGUAAUGAGUGUGGGAAGUCCUUCUCCCGCAAGUCAGCUCUCAGUGACCAUCAGAGAACACACACAGGGGAGAAACUUUAUAAAUGUAAUGAUUGUGGAAAAUCCUACUACCGAAAGUCUACCCUUAUUACACAUCAAAGAACACACACAGGAGAGAAACCCUAUCAAUGUAGUGAAUGUGGAAAAUUCUUUUCCCGGGUGUCAUACCUCACUAUACAUUAUAGGAGUCAUUUAGAAGAGAAACCCUAUGAAUGUAAUGAAUGUGGCAAAACCUUCAAUUUAAAUUCAGCCUUUAUCAGACAUCGGAAAGUACACACAGAAGGGAAACCCCAUCAAUGUAGUGAAUGUGGAAAGUUCUCUGAAUUGUCAUAUCUCAGUGACCAUCAUGCAACUCAUUUAGGAGAGAAACCCUAUGAAUGUAAUGAAUGUGGAAAAACCUUCCUUGUAAGUUCGGCCUUUGAUGGGCACCAGUCACUUCCAAAAGGGGAGAAAUCCUAUGAAUGUAAUAUAUGUGGAAAAUUAUUCUCUGAGUUGUCAUACUACACUGAACAUUAUAGAAGUCAUUCAGAAGAGAAACCCUAUGGGUGUAAUGAAUGUGGGAAAACCUUCUCCCAUAAUUCAUCCCUAUUUAGACAUCAAAGAGUACACACAGGUGAGAAACCCUAUGAAUGUUAUGAAUGUGGGAAAUUCUUCUCUCAGAAGUCAUAUCUCACUAUACAUCAUCGAAUUCAUUCAGGAGAGAAACCUUAUGAAUGUAGUAAAUGUGGAAAAGUCUUCUCUCGUAUGUCAAACCUCACUGUACACUAUAGAAGCCAUUCAGGAGAGAAACCCUAUGAAUGUAAUGAAUGUGGGAAAGUCUUUUCUCAGAAAUCAUACCUCACCGUACAUUAUAGAACUCAUUCAGGAGAGAAACCUUAUGAAUGUAAUGAGUGUGGGAAAAAAUUCCACCACAGAUCAGCCUUCAAUAGCCAUCAGAGAAUUCAUAGAAGAGGAAACAUGAAUGUACUUGAUGUAGGAAAUCUCUGAAGUCAAAUCUCAAUUUUUAGAAAAUCUUUUGAAUAUAAUGAAUAUGGGAAAUCCACUAGGGAAUCAAAUGUAAUUGUUCAUCUGAGGGUUCAUGUUCCUGAAUAGAGAAAAGCAUUUAGGCAUUAGAUCCAUUUUAAUUUGAAUUUUCACAGAGAAGACUCCCCAAGAAUGCAGCAAGAAGCAAAGCCUUCGGCAAGACUGUAUAACUCAUUGGACACAAGAUAAUUUAUGCAGGAGUGAAAUUUUAUAAAUAUUUAAUAUUUAUUUUGGAUUCAAAUUGUAUUUAUAUAUCAGGGAAUCAUACUAAGGAGAAAUCUGUCAAUAUGAUGAAUGUGGAGAAUAUAUAAUCUUGGAAUUAUACUAAAAGCCAUAUUUCUGAUGUAAAAUCAGAUGUUUAUAGGAAAGACAUUAGAAGCUAACAGCUCUGAAUAAGCCUUCAUUAUAUAAAAUGAAGUUAUGGAAUCAUCAGGAGCUGAUCAUGAGGACAGUAGUGUUAAUUAAGUAUAUGGCAGUUCCUAUCAUGUUUUUAAAAUUCAGUCUAAUGGUAAUUCUAUGCAAGUUUGGAUUUGAAUAAUUUGUGAAAAGGCAGUAUUCUUAUUUGACUAUUAGGAUGGCAAAAUGUAUUAACACAGGAUACAUUGUUGGUGAAAUAAUAUUUGAUAGGUAUAAGAGUGAAAUGUAUAAUUUUCUAUUCUGUAGAGGAAUUUACAAAUGGGUUUUUAAUGACUGCCUCAUCAGUAGAGGAGACAGUGGAUUUUGUAAAGUUUUCAACUGCACUUGAGCAAAAAAAAUUUUUUAAAAACUAUUUUGAUAAACUAUACGUAUGUACAUAAUUUGGAAUCGUUUAACUCUAUUUCAGUGAAAGAACAAGCAUACUACUGCUCAUCCUCUCUAAAAUAUCUCCAACUCUCAUACCACUCUUUUUAAUCCAUAGGUUUGAGUGUGCAGAGUGCCAAUACUAUAUAAUUCAGAAAUUUUAUCUGAAUUUUUAUUUCAUAUAAAUACAGUGUAAUUAUUUUGUGCAUUGCCCCUUAUUCUCAGUAUUUUGGAACAAAUUAAUAGAAGUUUCUAGCAGACAGUUUUUGGUCAAUUAAAGUCCUUUCUCCAUUCCUUGCUGGAAAAGUUUGGGUACCUAGCAUUUCUUCACAUGACACAGAGGGUAAAUCCUGAUUAGUAUAAACCAAUAGUGAUAAUUUCAUUCUGAUGAAUUGUGUAUAGUGGUUGUAUGACCCAAUCCUGGGUAAACAAAAUGGAGAUGGGUUCUGGGAAAAGGAUAAAAUGGUGAUCAAAUGGAUCUUCCAGGUAUGCAAGGGUGGUUUAAUAUUAAAAAGUCAAUUGUUGUUAUACAUCAUGUGAAGGAAAGUAAUCUGGUAUGCAGGAAAUUCAUGUGGUAAAAUUAAUAUGCAUUUAUGAUCUUAGCAAACUUUGAAUAGAAAGGAACUUCCUUAAUUGGACAAAGAGUAACUUAAACUACAACAAGCAGCAUGCUUAAUGGUAAAAUAGUGAAAGUUUUCUCAAAAAGUAAAAAACAAAACAAUGAUAUCUGCUGUCAGUAAUUUUAUUCAGCUUUAUACAGAAGGACCUAGCCAGGAAAGUAAGGCAAGAAAAAGAAACAAAAGGCAUAAGUAUUGGAAAAGAAGUAAAGGUUUUAUUUGCAGGUAACAUAACUUUGUACAUAGGAUAUUCUGAGGAAUAUACAGAUAAUUAGAAUUAGUAAAUUUAGCAUACAAGGUUAUUAUGCAAAAAUUAUUUUUAAUACACCAGCAAAAAGCAUAGGAAGUGAAAUUUUUAAAAGCAGUACCACUUAUAAAAAUCCUCAAGUGCCUAGGUGAAAAAUGUCUAACAUUUUCAAGAACUGUAUCCAGAAAAAAAACUACAAAACAGAGGGAUGUGUCUUGUUCAUGGGAUUCCAGGAUGUUAUAAAAAGAUGUCUGUUUUCCCUAACUUAAUUCAUAUAGUCAAAUUUAAAAAUCCUAGCAAGUUCUUUUAUGGAAAUUAACAAGCUGAUUCUAAAGUUCAUUGGAACAUUCAAAAGGCUAAUAAUAGUCAAGGCUAUUUUGCAUAAUAGGGCUGGAGGAUUAUAUUGUCCUAAAUAUCAAGACCUGUUAUAAAGCUAUAGAAAUUAUGAAGAUGUGGUUUUGGCAUAAGAUUUAAAAAAAUGAAAACUUGCUAAUUUGAAUAUACUAGGUUUAAGAAUUUUUAUUUAUCAGAAAGACACCAUUAAGAAAAUGAAUAGGAAGCCACAGGAGGGGAGAAGAUAUUUGCAAUUCAUACAUGUGACAACAGGCUUGAGUAAGAAAAAAAGUUAGUAAACUUUUUCAUAAGAGGGCAGAUAGUAAAUCUUGGGCUUUGUCACAGUGCUCAACUUUGCUAUUGUAGUGUGAAUGCAGCCAUAAGCAAUACAUAAACAAAUGAGCAUGGCUGUUUCCCAGUGAAACUUUAUUCAUAAACAUAGAUGGCAGUGUGGAUUUGGUCUAUAGCUCAUAGUUUUCUGGCUCCUGUGUAUCUAGAAUAUAUAAAGAGCACCUGCAAAUCAAGGCGGGGGAAAAAUGGAAAAGACAAAACGCUUGGCCCAUCAGCUUAACAAAACAGAUAUCCAGAUGGCCAAUAAACAUUAAAAGGUGUAUUACCUUUAUCAGUAAUCAAGGAGGUGCAAAUUUGAAACACCAUGUAGUACUAUUAAUACUACCCACCCACUGAAAUGAUUAAAAUGAAAAGCAGGAAGAAACAUCAAGUUUUGCAAAGAUGUAAGCAUCAGAACCUCUUUACUACUGGGGGAAUUGCCAAUUGACAAAGCUAUUUUGGAAAGCUGGCACUUAUAGCCAAGCAUGUGUAUACCCAUGUACCCAAACCUAGCAGAAACACACAGUAUGUCUAUCAAAGGACAUGCACUAGAAUAGUCAUAGUGUAAAACUGCAAAAAACAGAACUAUGUUAUGGCAUAUAUGCAGUAGAAUCAAUAGACUUAAGGGGUUUAUUUCCACAGUAAAAUACUAUAAAGCAAUGAGAAUGAAUGAUCUGUAAGUCCAUGCAAUAAUGUAACUGACUUUCACAAACAGUGCUAAAUGAAGGAAUCCAGACAUGAAAGCAAACAUAGCGUGUGAUUCCAUCUAUGUACAGCAUAAAGACAGGCAAAACUUCUCUACUACACAGUUAGAAAUCAGGAUACGGGUUAGCUUUGACCAAGGCUGAAAAGGGGUAUUUAUCUGGUGCUGGAAAUAAUGUUUCUAAAUCUGGGUGCUGAAUAUCUGAGUGUGUUCUGAGCUGUGUGCUUAAGUGUAUUUUUCUGCAUGUGUAUUAUACUUUCCAUAAACAUUUUCUAAAACCACAAAUGGCUAACAUUGUGUUGCUCAGCACUUUUUCAUCAUAUUUUUCUAGAUGUAUGUGAAUAUGCUGCAUAACAGGAAUCGAAUGGUAGAUUUUGCAGAAUUCUGUACAGGAAAUGCAUACUCUUUAUAGUAGUUUCAAUGGCAACUGCUAAGAUUUCCUACACUGUGUCCUUAAAGCUUAGCAUAAUGUAUAUUUUAAAUAAAAUAUUUGGAAAGGUUAAAGGGUCAUUACGUACUUUGUCAUCCUACACUUUUGCAUAUAUAAAUGGGUGUGAACUGCCUCUUCAAUAAAAAAGCAAAUGCAUAACAUUUCAUGAUUUCUCU